UACGCACGCCACACGGUUGCCGAGCGCCACGCCGUACGGACGUUUUACCCGCCUAACCGGACAUUCACCCACCACGUCGUAUUGGCACCUCCGAUACUAAUCGCAACGAUAAUAAAUGCGCCCGUGCACACCAUAAUAUAUAUUUUUUGUAUAUUAUGUGUUAUACUGUGCACGUUUCAAGCUUUCGACGCGUGCAGUGACGUAACGUUGCAAGCAACGAUUGAGUAUUGUAUCACGGCGUUGUCCCGAGAUUCAGCAACAGGUAUCUGUCCGAAAAUAUAUCCUUGUGUUGUUCCUGCACACUUAUCCGGACGGACAAUGAUAUUAUCGUUGGCAGCCGGAUAACCCUGCGUCAUCACCGGUGUCCGGUGUGAUAUUAUUAUUAACGCUCGUCAAUCGAGAUAGUAAUAAUAAUAACAAUAAUAAAUCACUGCAAAUCGGAAGAAAAGGAUCAAGAGCAGUGUUGGGUUCAUCGAGGAGCGCAGGACAAACAAUAGCAAGAUGGUCAUCGAACCGGGCCUGAUGGAUAUGCUGGGCAACUCGCUAUUCGACAUGCUGGCGCCAGUCUCGUCCACCGAGUCAGCUGCCGUGGCGUCCACCGUGUCUGUGCACGGAUCCGGCGAUGGUUCCGGAGGUCGCGUCGACGGUUCCGGGACGGCCGUGGACGACGACGAAGACGACGGUACCGGAAUGGGCGGCGGUUCGGGGGCCGGAGGUUCCGGUGGCAUCGGCCCCGGCGAGCUCUGGUACAGGCACAGCCCCGCCAUGACGGCUGUCUACUGUUUCGCGUAUACCAUGGUAUUUCUGGUCGGGUUGGUCGGCAAUCUGCUGGUGGUGUCUGUCGUCUGCCGAUCGCCCAGGAUGCGCAACGUCACCAACUACUUUAUCGUCAAUCUGGCCGUGGCCGACAUACUGGUGCUCGUCUUCUGUCUGCCUGCUACGCUCUUGUCCAACAUCUAUGUCCCGUGGAUCUUGGGAUCUUGGAUGUGUAAGAUCGUGCCGUAUGUCCAAGGCGUUUCAGUGGCAGCGUCUGUGUACAGUUUAAUCGCCGUUUCAGUUGACAGGUUCCUGGCCAUCUGGUACCCGCUUAAGUGUCAGAUCACCACACGCCGUGCUCGGUAUAUCAUCGGCAUCAUCUGGUUAGCGUCGACCACCAUCACCAUACCAUGGGCGCUGUUCUUCGACAUGGUGGCUAUAUUCAAAGACGCUCCGAACCUGGAACUGUGCCUGGAGGUAUGGCCGGACUACCUGGACGGCAACCUGUACUUCCUGUUGGGUAACCUGGGCCUGUGUUACGUAGUGCCUACUGUGGCUAUAUCACUGUGCUAUGCGAUGAUCUGGGUGAAGGUAUGGCGUCGGACCAUACCCACAGACAACAAGUGCGCGCGCAUGGAGCGCAUCCAGCAACAGAGCAAGGUGAAGGUGGUAAAGAUGUUGGCCAUGGUGGUGGUGCUGUUCGUUGUGUCCUGGCUACCGCUGUACGCGAUAUUCGCCAGGAUCAAGCUCGGCGGCCGGCUAGUUCCGUGGGAGGAGGACUUCCUUCCAGUGGCUACGCCGAUCGCGCAGUGGUUGGGCGCGUCCAACAGCUGCAUCAACCCGGUGUUGUAUGCGUUCUUCAACCGUAAGUUCCGGCGCGGCUUCACCGCGGUGCUCCAGAGCCGACGAUGCUGCGGCACGCUCCGAUACAACGAGAACCUCCAGCACUCGGCCUCCGCCAAUGGCAACGGCGGUGGAAAAGCGUCCUCGUAUUACAUCACUAACCAUCACGCAUACACGAAACGACAGUCCAGCCAGGAAACGAACGUGUCGUACAUAUUCAACGUCUGAACUGCAACGCACCUAAUGCCGCUCCCCACACACACGAACGAUAACGAUAUACCGAUAUUCGCGUAUGUUGUCGAUUUCGUCGUCGUCGCAGUAGUUGUUGCCGUUGUUGUCGUAAUAUAUUAAUAUUAUUGUACCGACAAUAAUCAACAAUAAUAAUCACAUAUAAUAAUAAUUCGAAAGAAAAACCUCCUUCAAUGACGUCGGAAGUGUUUUCAGGUCCGGCGGCGGGACGCCCCAUUGUAUAUUUUACCUACGCCUACGGUUAGAUCGUACGGUCGUACACGUAAAAUAUUAUAGCGAUAUAAUAUUACGACGUGUCGAGGGUUUCCCGCCGCCAAACAUCGAUAUCAAUACUACAAUUUUAUAUAUAAUAAUAAUUGCACACAUACCACGUUCCUAUACGUAUAUUAUACUGCCGAUGCACACU